UGACAAGUGUGGCAUAUAAAGAAGCUGAUUAAACAGCAUGAUAAUUACACAGUUGCACCUUGUGCUGGGGUCAAUAAAAGGCCAUUAAAAAUGUGCAGUUUUGUCACACAACACAAUGAACACAGAUGUCUCCAGUUUUGAGGGAGCAUGCAAUUGGCAUCCUGACUGCAGGAAUGUCCACACAAGCUGUUGCCAGUUCAUUUCUCUACCAUAAGCUGCCUCAUACGUUUUAGAGAGAGUGUGGGCGAGUGGUUUGCAGAUGUCAACGUUGUGAACAGAGUGCCCCAUGGUGGUGGUGGGGUUAUGGUAUGGGCAGGCAUAAAGCUACGGACAACGAACACAGUUGCAUUUUAUCAAUAGCAAUUUAAAUGCACAAAAAUACUGUGAGAUCCUGAGGUCCAUUGUGAGGACCAAUCUUUAAAGGAAUCUGUGACCAACAGAAGCAUAUCUGUAUUCCCAGUCAUGUAAAAUCCAUAGAUUAGGGCCUAAUAAAUGUAUUUAAAAUCUAUGAAAUUGUUGCAUGUUUUGUUUAUAUUUUUGUUCAGUAUAGCUUGGCUACAAGAGGGAUAUGUACUGUAUGCAUGUCCACUAUGCAUUAUGAUAAUUCUACUAAUUUAAUUCACGAUAUUACUCAUUUAUAAUUUAAUCUUCACAUAUUCAUGUUUUUAAUUGUCUUUGUGUAUCUGUGCACUGUGAAAUUUGAGUGUUACAUUAGAGAGUACUGUAACGUGUAUUGCGAGGCUAUUUGCCUCCAUUCUGACUCACAGUAUUAACCAUUUGAUGACAUGCAGGAGAAUUUGGCUAGAUGACAAGCAGAUAGUGCUGGGACGAGAUGAUUUCACUCAUUGGUUACACGAAGGCAGUUCAACCGAGUACAGGCUUAACUGAAGGAACAACAAAGGUGGAAUUUUAUUAAAUCGUUUCUGGAUUGGCUACGUCUCUGAGGGAAGAUCCUCAAAGCUAGAUGAUGUGAAGCCAGCAGCCCCACGUAGGGCUACCUGCCAUCAAACCCCCCCACACACCCCCUGAAAACCCUGCACAGCUAAAUCAAGUGCACCUAAAUAAUCGACAGGAAACAUAAUAUUAUUUUGACCCACGUCUGUGUUUCACAUACAUUUAAAAGCCCACAAGCGAUCUGAUGGUGUGAGCUAUCAAGGCAUUCCAGAGAUAGAAUUUGGUGUUGCACCCUUAAUGUAUGCAUGCACCAUCGUUAUGACUGUAUGUACUUGUAUGGUUUGUGUACUUUAGGUAUGAAUUUUCCUACAGUAGGCUAUAUUUGUUUGCAUUAGGCGUUUAUAUGCAUUUGUACGUUCCUUCUUAAUGUGUGCACAUUAAUCUCUUUGUAUCUUGUCCAGCUGAGGCUCUUAGUCAUACAGUUAAUGCAGCCAUGCAGCUUCAUCUCAUCAGUACAGUACAUACUGCACAACACACACACACACACACACUCCCUGCCGGCCUUGGGAGCAUCAGGCCCCAAUGUAGGUCACAGCAUAAGCCCAGGGCUGUCCUGGUCCUCCCAACACUCUCACACACACGUAUGGACAUGUACAUGGAACCCUAUUCACAUUUUUGCUCAUUUAACUUCCAAACAGUAUCUACCUCAAACUCAUAUAUUAGCACUCACUCUGCACUUUGUUUUGAAAAGCUACCUAAUUUAAUCUAAGCAGCUGUCACUCAUGUCACCAUGCAUUAGCUUACUUUUAUGGGAUGAAAAUGGUCCAGGUAAUGCGUGGCAUCUGGUGGCUUAGAACAUGUUUGUCUGCCACAAGUCUGAAGUCUCAUGUAUUUCCCUAAUGUAAAGAAAAAAACAACUGAUUGAGCAUUAGAUAGAUAGGUACUUUAUUUAUUCCCAGGGAAAUGUAAUUUAAGUUUCUCUCGGUCUCGAGCUCACUCGGGCUCUCUCUGCUUUCCCUCUCUCACUGUCUUUUUUUUGCUUUUUUCCUAACUAUCUUUUCCUCCCUCUCUAUCAAACUACACCCCUCCCUCCCUCCCUAUUAACCUCAUUAGUCCUUAGUGAGUCACUUCUGAUAGCCCUAACGACUGUAAAUGCAACCAUGCUAGAUUGUAGGUUGACACUUACUUUCAAGGAGGGCCCUUUUAGAUACUCACUAGAAAGUGUGGAUUAGGUAGUCACUAGGCAAACAGACAUUAUGAUAGAGUGGCAUUGGUUGUCUGUUACUGUAUAUUUCAUAGCAAUAACAUACUGUAGAUUUUAUAUCAAAUCAGGGGUUAAUGUUACAGCCCUAAUUUUCACUAUAAAUAUUCAUCUCUAAUCAAAUGUUCACUGUAAACAUUUCAUUGUAAUAAUCCAAUGUUUUUAGAGUUGUGUGCCUUUUUAGUUCUUCGAUAGAUGCGACAUAGGAUUCUUUCGACAUGAGUUGAAAGCCUGGCAGUGUAUCAACUGAGGGUCAUGUGACAUGAUACAGACAGAAAGGAUCUGAUGUGCGCAAAUGGGCAACCAUUCAUAAGCAAGUUAUUAAGCCGAUAUGUGGAACAUAACAUUUGUUUCUUCAGUAAUGUGUUUUCGCUGUGAUUUUAUCAUUUUAUUUCGGAUAAUUUGAGACCUGAGGUCAAGUCAGUCGUGACAGCAUAACAUUAUCUUCCUUGGCAGUACCCAAAAGUCAAACACAUUCCUUUUAAACUUAGUUGAUUCUGUCAAUUCAAAGAAAGUAAUGUAUACCGUUGGUCAAAUAUCUUGGAACUACCUUUUGACGCAGUGUUAGAAUAAUUGCCCUUCUCAUGUAAAGUAUUAUGAUUUUGAAGUAGCUUUGGAGGAAACUUAAGUGUAUCAUGGUCACUCUCAUUAAAAUAGUCCAAAAUGCAACGGCUAUCCUCACCCGCCUUGCAGAAGCAGAAUGUGCCACCUAUGAAGUCAGCAGUCCCCAACCCCCACCCUGAACACAUGUUAUACAUCCGCUGGGCACAGGCAGAGCAUAACGCUGAGACACAGCUGAGAAUAGGGAGAGAAAGAGAGGGGGCACUGAAGUGGAAGUAUGAGUGAGCAUCACAGAGAAGGACAGAAAUAGAGCGAUAAAGGAAUGAAUUGCAGAGGGAGGCUCAGAGAGAGAGAGCAAUGGUGGCGCACAUGGGUUUAUGGUAUUGUUGCAAGAGCCCUUUCUGUCAUUUUCUGUGGACAUGAACCUCACGUGGAUUUUGUUUUCUCAGACUCCCUGUGGAUUUCCCUGCAAUUGCUCCCUGGAUCUAAACAGCUGUUGAAGACUUGAAGACCAAACCAUGCCUUCUCUUCAUUGUAGCUUCAACAUGGGCCCUUGACUGGGUUCCCUGGCUGGAUUCUUACUACCACGGAUACCCUUCACGGUUUUUAUUUAACUCUAUCUUAGUCCCAAUGAGAUCAAAAUACCUAUUUUUCAAGGGAGACCUUGCGAAGAAGGAUGGCGCUAUGUUGCACCUCCACUCAGCACCACCACUCAGUGCAUGCUCUGCAGUGAAGAUUCCUCCAUGUGCUAUCUAUACUGACGUCCCUAAUCGUGGAUAGCCACGGACAGGCCUGAGCGAUCCGAAAGUCUAGCCGGAGAACAAACAACAUCUGGGCGUGGGGAGAGGAGAGGGACGAGGCUCAGCAAGGAUAUUAGCAGAUGGUGUCACUGCAACAACACUUCGUCAGUAUGGAGGAGACUGUGAGGAGCCUGCUACAGAACCAGGACACACUGGAGGGCCCCAGCGUGGAUCCACUGGACCUUAUGAAAGCCUACAAGAACAAACUCCUGGAGGAGAUGUGGAAACAGCAGAACAGUCUGGAGGGCCCAACACCCCCGUUGAUAGAGAGGAGGACCAACUCUCCAGGAGCCAGCCGUAGCAGACAUGAGGAGGACUCCCACGAGGCCAAGCCCCUUCUAGAGCGACUACGGGCCCUGGAGGCGGAGAACUCUGCCUUGACGAUGGAGAACGACAACCAGAGGAAGCAGUAUGAACGUUGUCUGGAUGAGGUGGCUAAUCAGGUUGUUCAAGCGCUCCUCACUCAAAAGGACCUAAAAGAGGAGUGUGUGAAGCUGAGGACACGCGUGUUUGACUUGGAGCAGCAGAACCGCAUACUGAACGUUCUCUUCCAGCAGCGGGUCAAAAUAUUCAGCAACCCUGUCUCCCAGGAGGUCCAACGGAAUGGGAAGGCAGGUGUUCCUGCAGUGAGGUGGCCCAGCUUGCUGAGUCUGACCUGUCCACGCAGUAGCUGCAGUGGCAGUGAGGCCUCCUUAUCCAGUGCCUGUAGUGAGUACUCCAGUGGCUCACAUACUUGGGCAGAAGGAUGCGGCUCCACCAAGCAGUCUGCAAUAAAUCGAGAGAAGAGGAUGAGUGCAACUUAUUGCUCUGUCUCAGCAGAGCAGCCGGACCUAAGCUGGAAAGAGGGCCACAUUCUGAAGGGCCUAAGGAGGCUCCAAAUGCGCAGCCCAGCUCCCCAGGAGCCAUCAUCACUUGCCUCCACAUCACAUUUCAAGAACUGCAUGACCUCCAACGAGGGCAUAUACUCUCUAGGGGUCAAGUGUGGGCCAAUAGGGGUACUGCCCGCAUUGGCAAAGGGAAAGCCUUUCAAGCCAGGAGCAGGCGUCAGUACCUUAAUCUCUGACUCGGACGAUGCAGAUGAUGAAUCGCCUCAAUCCCCAGUCAGGGAGUUCUGCUGCCCACCCAUCAAAGACACUCACCAUCUGGAAGGACAGCCUGCGUCUGAAUUGGGAAUGGCACAAGGGGAAAAGAGCUUUACGGACUACAACUCCCAAGAGGAGCCUGUAAGACUCGUAAGAAGUCCCAGCAACUCCCUCUCACCUAUCAAAGAUGUCUUCUUGCUCAAGGGACCGACACUGAAGCCUGGACUUAGCCCAACGGCGACCCCUACCACUGUGAGUGGACUUGAGAAUACAAACUGGAUAGAAAAAGACAAGCAGUCUGCCUUUACAAACUGGAAUGUUAUGGACAGUUGCAAUUUGAGGCCAGAGAGUGUUAAACAGCCACAAGAAAAAGUUACAGUGAAACAACUAGAGACAGGGGCUAGGGAAGUGAGACUACCCAUUCAUCCUCCAGCAUCCAGAGCUCUGAGUUGGGUUAGUGAGGCCAGACAGCGCAGUGCUUCCAUGGAUACGAAGCAUUACAGAGAGCCAAACAGCCAGGGUGAAAUUGAUACCAAGGACUACACCAUUUUGGAGUCCCGACAGAGGAAAGCAAAGCCUAAGGCCUGCAACUCAGCAAGGAAGGCCUUUUUCCUCCGAAGCAAGAGUGCGGACGGAGGCCCAGACCAGGCCACAAUGCACCAGCCUCUACAUCAGAAGCUGAUAAAGGUCAAUCAAAGGUCCAAGAACCACUUGAACACUCCUGGGUCCAGUGGCCCUGGCACAAAGACUUACCUCAGCAAGGCACCUGGUCCAGCAAAGGCAUCAGUACAAAUGUUUGAGAAAGGUAAGAAUGCUACUGGUGCAAGAACGUCAGGGCCACUUGAGAAUACAGUACAGAGCUCCCCUUCUUCUUCACCUCAGAAACUGGUCAAGGUAUUUAAGCCACCUGGGCUGAAUGAUUACCCCAAGAGCCCAUCCAAAGUCUCCAAACUCCCAUCAAGGAAUGACUGUGGAGCAAAAGCCCCCAACUCCAACAAUUCAGCCUGCUUUCCACUCAAUCAGAGACAGCAAGACCAGCACUCUGAUCCCCCUCGCAAUGAUAUCAGGUCCCUUUCUCCUCCACCCCCACCAGGUCGGACCACUUCCCUACUGAUACGACCUGGUUAUGACUCAUUACCUCAGGCACAUAAGCCUGUGGUUCAGCCCCAAACCUCUAGCACCGUGAAGGCAACCACCAGUAGCACCAAAUCUCAGUCAAGUCAUCAUUCAUCUAUUUUACAAAAGCAAGUUCAAGCCCCCAUCAAAAUGCAAGACACUCGUCAUAUGGAUCCUAAAAUGGGCUCUGAGAUGAAAAAGUCACCGAAACGGGCCCCUACCAAAGUUCACCAUCCCUUACCAACUUCUACCCCUAUUCAAGAAUCUAAGGAAACAGCCUAUUCCCAACCCUCACUGAGCUGGACUGUGGCACAAGCCUCCCAUCAAGAAAAUAGUGUCCCCUUUGUGGUGCCAAACCAGGGCUGUUCACCUGUGUCCCAGCAAAGCAAUGACGAGCCACAAAGUACAGAGCUCUUACCUCAGGCUUCAGCAUCUCUUCUCUGCCAUGGCAUAGUUAGUAACUCUCAACAUUCUGUGACCAGGGUAGUGAAGUCAUCCAUUCUUGUUGACUCCAAAACCAAUGAGUCAACCUCAAAGCCGGGCAACAACUCCACAGUUAACACUGGUACAAAGGGAGUGCAGACAUUUGAAAACUUCUACCAGGACACCUACACACGUCCAAUGAUGCACUGUGUCAAUGCAGCUGUAGCCAAGGCCAAUGCUAGGAGAACUCUCAAGACCCGCUGUAGCUCACUAGAGGAGCCUGCACUCCCACCUAUAGCAGCAGAGAAUGGUGUAACUUUGGACUGGGGAUUUGAUGAAGAGGGCUGGCUAUUCAAGCGCUCAGUCUCAGUCUCUACCCGGCCUCCUAUCCACCCAGUUAUGGGCAUGAACGGAGCAAAGGCUCGCAGUCAAAGCUUCGGAGCACGUUACAUGGACAGACCAAACGUCAGCAGGUCAGGAAAAGUCCGUACUCACAUCAAAACUAACUCAGGAAGCUCUUUGAACUCUCUUGGUGAUGUAUUUUGGGGUAGUAUGAGUUGCUCCAACAGCUACCAUUGUCCCAUGAACAGAUCCCCUGUUAACAAUUUCAUGAUUGAGGAAGGCUUGCCACUACCUACACAUCUGAGAGCUUCCAGUGAUCGAUUUGAUCUGAAACACAAGAGGUUAAACUCAACAUCACAACUCCAGACUGAGAAACAGCUCUCUAGCUCCUUCUAUGAACCCAUCCAUGGGGAACCAGAGAGGCAGUCCACCAUCGAGGAGAAGGUCAUGUUGGGAAUCAAGGAAAAUUUUCAGAAAUCUCAGGAGCAGGAGAAGACAACUGAAACUAAGCAGAAAUCCGUCUCAUCCCUGGCAAACUGGUUUGGAUUCCGCAAGAACAAGCUCCCUGCUCCGAGUGGCAAAAACGUAGAUACUCAAAAGGGAAAGGAGGAGAAGAAGGAGCCAAAGCUUGGAUCUCUCUUGGGUGGGAAGCAGGCAAAGUCCGACAAAAAGGAGAGGAGGAAAAGUGAAGGUCAUCGAAUGGACAGCUCGGUGGGGAAAAGAGACUCCCAAGAUGCAUUUCUCCUCUGCCUCUCGAUGGCCUCCCGGGGAGCCUCAGUUAACAGCAACAUGCAAGGACAAACUGGCAUCUGUGAGGACACAAAGACAAAGACACAGAGGAUGAACCUCAGGACUGAUAACGACAAUGGAGCUGCACUAAAGAGCCCCAAUCAAGAUCACGUGAUCGGCUCCGGCUGCAAGAUGCGAACAUUGGACAGCGGCAUUGGAACGUUCACCCUCCUUGAUUCCUCCUCCUUCCUCCACUUCCUUCCCAAGUCCCCAUCGGCCCGGGGUCACUCCCUCAGCCCACCCACUGUGCCCAGUUCCUCUAGUGCAGAGGUGUCGCUCUCCCCAUUACCCAGGUGGAGAGUGCCUGGCGGCUCAAAGGACCAUCCCUGCAGCCAAUCAGAGCUUGUCAACUCCUCGUUUUCCGACACCACUGUGACCCUUGUCCAAUCAGUGCCUUAUCCCACUGUGGCCUUCCUUCAGCCCAUCCAAUCCCUGUCUGAGCCCCUUGUGACCUGUGCCAGUGUCUGUGAUACUCAGAGCAGGCUGCCCAGACUAGCCUCAGGUAAAGCCCAGAGAUAUCUUGUCCAGAGAUACGGUGUCUUCAGAAAGUAUUCGUACACCUUGAUUUAUUCCACAUUUUGUAGUGUUACAGCCUGAAUUCAAAAUUGAUAAAAAAUAUUUUCUCUCACCCACCUACACACAUUACCUUAAUGACAAAGUUAUAACGUGUUUUUAGAAAUUGUAGCAAGGUUAUUGAAAAUUAAAUGCAGAAAUAUCUAAUUUACAUAAGUAUUCACACCCCUGAGUCAACUUUGUAGAAGCACCUUUGGCAGCGAUUACAGCUGUGAGUCUUUCUGGGUAAGUCUAAGAGCUUUCCACACCUGGAAUGUGCAACAUUUGCCCAUUUAUUAUUUUCAAAAUUAUUCAAGCUCUGUCAAAAUUGGUUGUUGAUCAUUGCUAGACAACCAUUUUCAGAACUUGCCAUAGAUUUUCAAGCAGAUUUAAGGCAAAACUCUAACUAUCUUCUUGGUAAGCAAAUCCAGUGUAGAUUUGGCCAUGUGUUUUAGGUUAUUGUCCUGUUGAAAGGUGAAUUCAUCUCCCAGUGUCUGGUGGAAAGCAGACUGAACCAGGUUUUCAUCUAGGAUUUUGCCUGUACUUAGCUCCAUUCUGUUUAUUUUUUUUAUCCUGAAAAACUCCCCAGUCCUUAACGAUUAUAAACAUACCCAUAACAUGAUGCAGCCACCACUAUGUUUGAACAUAUGUUUAUUUAUUUUUUACCAGGCAAGUCAGUUAAGAACAAAUUAUUAUUUACAAUGACGGCCUAGAGUGCUACUCAGUAAUGUGGUGUAUUGGAUUUGCCCUAAACAGAACACUUUGUAUUCAAGACAAAAGUUAAUUGCUUUGCCACAUUGUUUGCAGUAUUACUUUAGUGUCUUGUUGCAUGUUUUGGAAGAUUUUUAUUCUGUGCAAGCUUCCUUUUCACUCUGUCAAUGAGUUUAGUACUAUGGAGUAACUAUAAUGUUAUCCUAUCACAGCCAUUAAACUCUGUGACUGUUUUAAAGUCCCCAUUGGCCUCAUGGUGAAAUCCCUGACCAGUUUCCCUUCUCUCCGGCAACUGACUUAGGAAGGACGCCUGUUUAUUUGUAGUGACUGGGUGUAUUGAUACACCAUCCAAACUGUAAUUAAUAACAUAACCAUGUACAAAGGGAUAUUCAAUGCGUUUCCCCCCUCCCUCCCGUACACCAAAAGUGCCCUCCUUUGCGAGGAAUUGGACAACAUCCCUGGUCUUUGUGUUUGAAAUUCAGCGCUUGACUGAGGGACCUUACAGAUAAUUGUAUGUGUGGGGUACAGAGAUGAGGUAGUCAUUCAAAAAUCAUGUUAAACACUUCUUGCACACAGAGUCCAUGCAACUUAUGUGAUUUUGAGCACAUGUUUACUUCUGAACUUAUUUAGGCUUGCCCUAACAAAGGUGUUGAAUACUUACUUAGCUUUUAAUUUUGUAAAAUUUUAGAAAAGCAUAAUUCCACUUUGACAUUAUGGCCAUUGUGUGUACGGCAGUGACAAAUUGUAAUUUAAAGCAACUUUUAAUUAUGUCAGUCACACAAAAUGUGGGGGGAAAAAAUCAAGGGGUGUGAAUUCUUUGAGCAUUAACAGAGGAUUCGAUUUGGAGCUAAUCAAAUCUCACUUAGGGGACCCAAAAUGCUAGAGCCGGCCCUGGUUAAAAUGCUGGUUGUAGUGCGUGUUUCAAUGGAAGGCAGUAUCAAGGGAUAAUAUCAUGCCACAUACAAUCACAAUAGGUUAAUCAUUAUCUCAAUAUUGACGGAAGUAUUAUUGAAGUGUGCCUGGGGACUUCAACGUCCCGUCAUGCCUGCAUUAUGACUUUUAUGGCACUGGGGUGCCAGUAAAAUAGAAAUAGGGUCCUAUAAAAGGCAAUAACUCUAUGUAAAUAUAGUCCGGGAGGCGACAGUGAUCUGUUAUUACUACAACUAAAGCCAGCAUCAAGGCAGAUGAUCACCUUUUCAAUGAGCAGAGAGGAGAGGCUUGCUCAGAUUAAUAUGCAAAUGUUUGCCCCAGUUUAGACUCUGCCGAAUAGACACAAAAUGAUCCUGUCACGAGAGAUGUAUUUCACAGAAAUAAAUAAUAUCGGCAGUAAUUUAAAUUCAUACCUCAUUGCAGAGAGGGUGAUCAGUUGGCCCAGACUGCUGUAUUUUUUUGGUUGGCACAAUUUCUGAGGUGGGGCGUACUGUCAACUGGAAAAACAAAACAAAAUCACCAAUGUUAAGUGAUGACCGUGUCUUAAGACGGGACACUAGCAAACCUUUUUGAUUAUCCAAACUCCAGAUUCAGUGAAAGAGGCUCUAGAUGUUUUCUUCUACAACUGUCUUGCUCUCCUGUUACUGUGUGCAAUUCAACAGAACGUAUUCCCUUAACCUAUUUUCUGCACGAGGUUCAUUGUGUGUGUAAUGACACUCGACAGUGCCAUGACAAUAAUCAUUUUUCGCAACAGCAAGGAUUGUUUGUCAGAUUUGGUUUGAAACAAAAAGGUUUGUGCUCAAACAAAUAGAGGUGCUGCAGAAACAUGUCUAACUACUGGGAAUGGAUGUAAGGCACAACACUCUUCAUAUAUCAAGGGAUUUAAUUUAAAGUAACAAACUGUAACUUAAUGUAAAAAAAAAAAAACUUUUUAUCCAUGGAGUGUCACAAUUGACCAAAUUCGUAUGCACUGCAGAUGCUGUAAACCUGAGGUUGUAAAACCAAGGUAACUUGACACUGCUGUUAUAAUGCGGUCUUAGAACUUAAAACAGUGCUCUCUCAGCUACUGCUCUUUU